GGGGUCAAAAAGAUAUUUGAUCCUGACUACGAAGAUUCUGAGGAGGAAGAUGAUCCGAUGGGCGAUGAGGACACUGGCCUUGUCAAUAAGUUUGGCCAGCCCGAUGGAUGGGACUCGGACGAGACAGUUGAGGACUCCAACGACCAAAGGAACGACAUGGAAAUAGACGGUGAACUUGCUUCUGUUGACGAUCGCACCCAUGACGACAACGACAACGAAAAGGGCGAGGUGGAGGAGGAUGACAAGGAUACAAGUACUGACGAAUCGACCAAGGAUUCUGUCAUUCUCGUGGAAAGUACUUACGAUCUUACGGAUACUGCAAACGACAAAGACAACAACAACAUGGGCCUGAAUACGGAUGAGGCAGUUUCUUAA